CAAAUGUCAGUUCUGUUUUAAGGUUAUGUUAUAUAUAUUGUGAAAUUGAAUACCGUAUUUAUGUGUUUUUUGCAAAAUUAAAGUGAAGAUAAGAUGGAAAUGUUUAUCAGAAGGCGCUAAAUAGUAACGAAAUCUAUUAUCUAAUCUUCUACUAAGCCGCCUUCUCCGAUCUUUAUGACCACGUUUGACCUGAAGGCUGAUAUAAAUGAAAAAAAUAAAAACUGAAGUGAAAGCCACGACGUGAAGCGUCGGCUUAUUACAUCAAGUAAAUACAUAAUCGCGCAUGCAUAGACCGCCACACCGAAAUCCCACAGUUAUUCGACGGUUUUCAUUGAAAAGAGACGAUUAUCGCGUUGUUUCAUUCGCAAGAAUACUGAAAUUAAUGAGAGAAAUUAAACAAUGGCGGAAGAGAGGCAUUAUUUGGGGGUGGACCUCAGUACCCAACAGGUAAAAGCCGCCAUCGUCAAUGAAAACCUACAAAUCCUCCAUGAAGUCUCUGUGAUCUUUGAUACCGACUUACCAGAAUUCCGCACGCAAGGCGGCGCCAUAGUCGAUAAAAAUGAUCCACACAUCAUAACAGCUCCAGUGAUAAUGUGGGUGAAAGCCUUCGAUAUCCUAAUGGACCGCUUGGUGAUGACCGGGGCGGACUUUUCAAAAAUCGCCGCCCUAAGCGGUACCGCACAGCAACACGGGUCGGUUUACUGGCAAAACGGAGCCGAGGACUCGUUAAAGAAUUUAAACCCGAGCGAGUUUUUACACGAGCAGCUUAGCCAUAGCUUUUCGGUCAGCAACAGUCCCAUCUGGAUGGAUUCUAGUACCACGAAACAGUGUGGGGAGCUAGAAAUGGCUGUCGGAGGUGCUGAGGCAUUAGCUAAAAUAACUGGCUCUAGAGGUUACGAGAGAUUUACUGGCUCGCAAAUUGCCAAAAUUUACCAGACCCGACCUGAAACCUAUAAGGGCACAGAGCGGAUUUCCUUGGUGAGCAGCUUCGUAGGCAGCCUCUUUUUAGGGAAAAUAGCCCCGAUAGACAUAUCCGACGGCUCUGGCAUGAAUUUACUCGAUAUUCACACCAAAACGUGGCAUCAGCCCUUGCUAGACGCAUGCGCUCCUAAUUUAAGGGAAAAACUAGGUGAACCCGUUCCUUCUAAGUCGGUUUUAGGUCCUAUCUCCGACUAUUUUGUUGAGAGGUACAACUUUUCUAAGGAAUGUCAAGUGGUGGCUUGUACCGGAGACAAUCCUGCUUCGCUUGUCGGUAUGAGAUUGGAUGAUGGUUGGUUGGCUGUGAGUCUAGGUACCAGCGAUACAGUCUUCCUGUGGCUCUCUGAACCGAAGCAGGUUCUGGAUGGUCAUGUUCUGUGCAAUCCCGUAAACGAGGAGGCUUUUAUGGGACUGUUGUGCUUUAAAAAUGGUUCUUUGACAAGGGAACGGGUUAGGAACGCUUGUGCCGAGGGUUCGUGGGAUAUUUUUAAUCAAUUGUUAGGCAGUACUCCGAGGGGGAACUUUGGAAACAUGGGACUUUAUUAUGACGUCCAAGAGAUCCUUCCCUUCCUGAAAGGAGACUUUAGGUACAAUAAAACUCAAAGAGUACAAAAAUUCACCAGUCUCGAGGUGGAGGUGCGGGCGUGCGUGGAAGGCCAGUUUAUAGCGAAACGUGUCUACGCAGAAGACUUUGGAUUUGAAGUCGGCAAAGGAACGAAGAUUUUAGCAACCGGAGGCGCCUCACAAAACAAAGCUCUCUUACAAGUGCUCGCCGAUGUUUUCGAUUCGUCUGUAUACGUUCAGGAGGCGGCAAAUUCGGCCAUGUUAGGCUCGGCCUACCAAGCGAAACACGGACUGACCGGCGAGCGUUACCAUGACAUUAUCGCGGUGUUGCCGGAGCCUCAGAAGGUGUGCGAUCCGUAUCCGGAUGCGCAGGAGAUUUACGCACCGAUGACCGAGAGAUUUAGGCGAAUCGUUAAUGAGUUGAUUGAAGAGUAGAUGAUAUUGACAUUCCUGUAAACAUUUUUGCAUUUUGUCUGUUAAAAAAUGAUAGAGAAAGAUUUAUAGAUCAGACGCAGUGUUUUGUGGGUGACCUGCUAACAAAAAGUCAACUUUAGGACUCCACAAUGGAUAGAGAGGCCCUAAAGGUGAAGCUAACACAACUGUGUUUCGAAAUAUUAGCAAGGAACUAAUAAUUUUCUUAAGCACAUACCACACAAAACACUACAUCUGAUCUGCAAGAAUUAUUAAUAUAUUUUGUUACUUAUUA